CCCCAUCAGACUCGUCGAGGCUACUCCAGGGAUCCUGAGAUGCAGCUCAUCGCCACAGCCCUGGUGUGUCUGCUGCUGGCUGGGAUGUGGCCACAGGAGGUGGACGGCAAGAGCAUGCAUGUGUCAUCCUCCAAUUGCUGCUUCAGAUUCAUGGAGAGAAAGAUUUCCCCGCAGCAGAUCCACUGUUACAGAAACACCAGCUCCACCUGCCCUUACGGUGGCCUGAUAUUCAAGCUGAAAGGGGGCAGAGAGACCUGUGUCUUGAAGAAAGGCAGAUGGAUUCAGAGUUAUUUAAAAUAUAUAAAACCCUGCCAGCCAAAGAGAAUAUAAGCAGAUUCUUUUCCAUCCUGGGCUCCAGAGACCACUUCGCUUUGCCUGUUCCCCCAACCCCCAACUCGACAUCAGUCCUUCUGUCCCAACUUUGCUGGGCCACAGAGAGGGGUCUGCUCAGUCCUGAUAAGCUGUAUUGUUGCACUUUAUAUAUUUAAGUUUGUGAAUCCUCCACUUCUGCUCCCUUGGGAUCCGAACCCCAGUCUU